AUGGUAGUAACGCAGGAUGAAAAACAGUUGGAAAAUACAACAGAAUCAGACAUGGUGCAAUACAAGCUUUAUUACUUCAACGGGCGUGGAAAUGGCGAGUGUGCACGACAGAUAUUUGCUGUUGCUGGCCAUGAGUACGAAGACAUCCGUCUCACUAAGGAAGAGUUUGCACCAAUGAAACCUAAUCUGCCAUUUGGACAAGUUCCCGUACUGGAAGUGGACGGUAAGCAGCUCGCACAGUCCCAAGCAAUCUGUCGCUUCCUCGCCAGGCAGUGGGGUCUAUCCGGUAGCAACGCUUUCGAAGAAGCGUUAGUGGACUCACUGGGUGAUCAGUACACUGACUAUCGCGUUGAAGUCAAACCGUACAUCUAUACCGCACUCGGAUUCAUGCAGGCUGGAGAUCUUGAGAAAUUAAAGAAGGAAGUUAUGAUGCCUGGGCGUGACAAGUUCCUUGGCUUCCUGACCAAAUUCCUCAAGAACAACAAGACGAAGUCUGGCUACCUUGUCGGCGACCAUCUGACUUGGGUGGAUCUGCUAAUUUCGGAACAUAUGGCAGACAUGAGCGCAAGGAUCCCAGAGUUUUUGGACGGAUUUCCAGAGGUGAAGGCUCACAUGGAACUUGUGCGAUCAAAUCCGAAACUGAAGAAGUGGAUUGAAACUCGUCCAGACACUCCGUUUUGAUUAAGAGAUAUUUUUUGCGUGUUGAUUUUCCCAAUUUCACUCAUUGACCGCUUUGUGACCAUUAGCUGUUAAGUUUGUUUUGCACACCUGACCGGUAAAUCUAUGAAAUUUUUGUGAAGUUACGACAUGUGAUUGACGAAC